UCUAUAGUUUUUUUUUUUUUGUUUUUUGUUUUAGUAUGGGUAAGGGUUGUGAAAUUAUUAUUUUGGGACGGAAUAUGCUGGAUUAAAAGAGUAAUGAAAUCAGAGAUGAGGUACUGCCUACAGAUUAUUGCUGUCAUCACUGCCUUACUCCUGGCUCUGCUCUCCAGGGUUGGCUCUGAAACUCCAGCCAUGUGUUCUGUGGUACAAGGGCUUCCAGGUUUGAAUGGAAGAGACGGUAGAGAUGGUGCCAGUGGAGCUAAAGGCGAUCCAGGAUCACAAGGAUUACCGGGCGUUCCGGGAACCCCAGGUUUACGAGGCAACACUGGGCCUCCUGGAAAAGUAGGGCCUAAAGGAAACCAAGGAGACAAGGGAGAAAAUGGGAUUCAAGGAAUGCCAGGGCUAAAAGGAGACAGAGGAAAUUCAGGCCCACAGGGAGUACCUGGACCAAAAGGAGACAAAGGCUAUUCAGAUUCUGUCAUAGAAACCCUACGGGCCAAGGUGAAUAAUAUGGAAGCCGAACUCAGACAUCUGAAACUUAACAUGGCCAUGCAGAAGAAAGCCUUAGUGUUUUCAAAAGGAACAAGUGCUGCUGAAAAACUGUAUGUCACCAAUGGUGAAGAGGCAACAUACGAGGAUGCUAAGGCAACAUGCACCAAGGCUGAGGGACAGCUGGCAUCUCCAAUGAAUGAUGCAGAAAACAAAGCUAUAUCAAUUUUAUCUUUGCAGUACAAUAAACCAGUGGUACUUGGUAUUGAUGAUAAACAAAAUGAAGGUACUUUUAAAUACCUAAACAAUGAAAAAAUUGUGUUCUCUAACUGGAAGCCUGGUGAGCCCAACAAUGACAAUGGGGUGGAGGACUGCGUAGAAUUGCGUACAAAUGGAAUAUGGAAUGAUAUGAACUGUAAUUCAAAACGCCUAACAGUUUGUGAAUUUGUCUAGCACUGAAAAUGUUAAUGAUAUCAGCAACCUGAACUGUUUUAAUACAUUACACAUAUUUGUUAUAAGGCAUGUUUACAACUUCAUCAAUAUGUUUCCAACCACUGUAAAACAUUUAUUUACAUUAACUACAGUGUUAUAGUGCAUCAUUUGUAAUUGUUACAUACAGUACAUUAAAUUAUAUCCCAUGUUCUUAAGAA